CUGCCGCCUUUGGUUCUGGGGCUCUGCGCGGGGGUCCGGAAACUGCUGGAGGGAACCGGCGCUCACCUUUUCGGGGACAGGUGGAGGCGGUGUCAGUAACUUGGAGUGAGAGCUGAACUGUUGCGGGAGUCUGAAUGACCUGAAGAGAUUUCCUGAGUGGAGUGUAAUUUUUCAAAACCACCUUUGCACCGUGCGGCAUUCGUUGAAAACAUGUUUAGGAGAUUGACUUUUCCACAACUUCUUUUAGCUAGCGUCCUUGGAAUUGCUGGAGGAAUAUAUAUUUAUCAACCGAUAUUUGAACAGUAUUCCAGAGAUCAGAAGGAAUUAAAAGAAAAGUUGAAAUUGGCACAGGAAUCAGAAGAGAAGAAAAGUUAAUACUACACAGAGUUGAACUAUAAUUGCUUAAAGUUCCAUUGAAAUUAUACAUUGACUAUAAAUAGUCUACUAAAAACUUCUCAGAUAUAUUUUAAACAUAAAUAAAUCAUAAAUGAUGAUUUUUAAAACUAGCAUUGUCAGUCGUAAUGUUUACUGUACUUUUAUUUGUCAUUUUAUGUCUUUUCACCAGGACAGAUUAGUAAUUUCCUUUUAAGCAAAAAUGAAUGUCUUAAGGAAUAUUUUGUUUCCUGGUCAAGGUUUAUUUUUCUGGGAAUGCAGCAUAUACAGUAUCAUGGGGUGACAAUCUAGACUGCAUUUAUAAAAUAGUUGGGAAUGGUGUUUACAGUAGUGUUUGUAAGUGAAGAGAACCAAGUUAACCACCUCAGGCAGAAUGUUCUUCAAUUAGCCUAUAGUUAGUCUGUCUAGUUUAAUAUACUUCAGCAGUCUUUCCACCCCAGCCCUUUCUAAUCCCAGGCACAAUGGAGGAAAUUGAGACCUGGGGAGGCUCAGAUCAAAUGAGGUUUUAGAGAAGGCAUAUAGAGUUAUAUAUGGUGGCAAAUGUGACGCAGAUCUGUUUAACCCACUAAGCAAAUUUGCAUUAAUAAUGAUUAGGGAGGAGUUAAUUUGUU